GCUUAAAGAGGUCGAGCCAAUAGUAGAGAAGCGUCGAUAUUCGACAAAUGUAUAAUUCCUUUACAUUUUCAUACGCGCUUAUGUUCAUUCCCAAGUCAUUUAAGCUCCCCCCCUCUCCCUUUCUCCAAUCUUACCUUGCAUAGUCCCUUAACUCCAAGAAGCUCUCCCCCCCCUCACGAACAAAGUCCUAGUAUAACUUUACGAGACGUCCCAUAGCUUAGCUUGAUAACGUACGAUAUAUUUCUUAGUAGCUUCGUCAAGUUUACAAUCAUGGGCACCUUUCCUGGAUUUCUGUAUCGACAAGUUACCUUCAAGCCUAAGCCGCUGCCUAAGAGCCUAAACCUCAGCGGCAAGACGGCUCUGGUUACGGGUGGAAAUGCCGGUCUCGGUUUCGAGGCUGCCAAAGAGUUGACUUCUCACGGACUGUCUCGAAUCAUCCUGGGAGUGCGCAGCGUAGCCAAGGGCGAAGAAGCAAAGAAGACUCUUCUCACGCUGAACCCCCAGAUCGACGUCCAAGUAUGGGCGAUCGACCAGGAGUCUUUCGAGAGCAUCAAGAACUUCGCCGACCAGGCGGCGAGUCUCGACAGGCUAGACAUCGCCAUCCUCAACGCCGGUGUUAAGAGCAUGGAGUACGUCAAGUCGAAAACGGGCCAUGAGUUAAAUGUCCAGGUUAACCACUUAGGCACUGCUCUCCUCUCCCUUCUCAUCCUCGGACCUCUCAAGAGGACAGCCGCGGCAACGGGUUCGCCGUCGCGCCUGACAAUCGUCAGCUCGGAGAACCACUUCUGGGUGAAGCUCAAGGAGAUUAAAGGUCCCGACACGCUAGCGACCAUGGACAAGCCGGAGACUUUCGGAAAGGGCAUGGAUCGCUACAACGCAACCAAGCUACUAAAUGUGCUAUGGAUGCGCGAGCUGAGCGCCAAGGCUGCGGGUUCCAACGUUAUCAUCGAUGCCGUGAACCCCGGCUUCUGCCAGAGCACCCUGCACCGCACGGAUUCUAGCGGAUCUUCUUUUGCCAACUUGAUCGGCUGGACUGCCGCGCAGGGCGGACACUGCCUGACUGACGCCGCGACGCAGCACGAGGAAGACGGCAACGGCGCGUACAUGAGCGAACAGAGCGUUAAGAGUCCUUCUCCUUUCGUGCUCUCGCCGGCCGGACGAAGCGCGCAAACCAAGAUCUGGAACGAGACCAUCCAACUUCUCAAGGACGAAGCGCCCGGCGUCGACCUACUUGCGAACCUCCAGUCUUGAGGCCACACAGUUUUGUACCAUGAUCAAAAUCGCAUAUUGUUCGUAUUAUUAGCAAGCGCGGCUGGUAGCCGGGAGGAGUAUCUGGACAAAAUUGUUUCAAGUCUAGUAGUUUAGCUUUCUGUACCCGAUUAUUACCCAUAUAGAUUCACCAAUACCAUUGAAUAUUUGUCGAGACUGUCAAAGCUCUAUGUGUGUUUUCUGUUUUCAAGUGUCAUGUUAUGCAAAGGUGUAGUGUUUAUUCCUAGUCAAAAUUGGUGUGGGGGUAUUGAAAAUUGAAAAUUGAAAGUCCUAGACUAAAUAGACUAAGGUAUACUUGGUACUUGGAGACCCUUU